GGAAAAAAAGAGAAUGGAGUCAGUGUUAGGGUUUCAGGAGCAGGAGCGGAACGACGUCGUUGACAGCAAGUCGCAAAGUUUCAAGCUGGUUCCGUGGAUGAGCUGGGACGAAUGGAAGUUCGUUAGAGGCUCGCUUUUCUCUUCGUCUCUCGAUUCCGUCGCAUUCGCGCUCCGAAGGAUAUCGACGUGGCGGAGCAGAGGGUGCCUCCCUGUGGCGGUUGAUGUUACUGCUUCCAUCGUUGAAAUUCAGCAGAAAGAUCCAUUUUUUAGAAAUGAGUUGGAUGAAACUGCUUCGCAAUCAGAGGAACUCUUGGCCAUGCUGUAUUGUAUGGCUAUUGUGAGGCUUGUCAAUGGUGUCGUUGAGAAGACCCGGGAAAAGAAUAAAAUCUCGAUAGGGGAAGCGGCUGAUGCCAUUGGGAUUCCCCGAAUGCUUAUUGAUAUUCGUCAUGAGGGUUCUCAUCGUGAUCUCCCUUCUCUUCAACUGGUCCGUCUUGCAUCGAGAAAGGCACUUGAUUGGUUGAUAUCUUACUAUUGGGAACCUCAAGAAAAGGCAAUUCCUGUGCAAAACAAUAAAACCGCCAAUCUCAGGAAAGAAAUCAAGAGCAGCCUACGUGAAGUUUCUCUCUGUCUGAAGGCGAAACAAAUGUCAAAACUUAGUUCUGCACACGUCAAGGGAAAACGUCUUAAGCCAACGGAACUCUUGCCUGCGCGUAGUAAGUUUCUAUUUCUUGCAGCUGGGAAGUCAUCGCAUGCCAACUCUGCAGGUUCUAAAAAGCUGCUCGUAAAGGCAAUGAAGAAUGCCCUCCGCUUAUAUUCUUCAUUUUCUACCGAACUAGUCUAUCUUUUGUUGGAAUACUUGCUAAGCGCUAUGGAGACGUCCAAUUUAACCGAGCAAUCGGAGGAUCCACAAUUCGUUGGUAGCACUCAAAAUAACAAUACAGCAUUUGAUGACUGGAAAUCUGUUGUCUUAAAAUUGUCAAGAAAAGAGCCUGAGCUGCUUAUAAUACUCAGCCAGGCAGUUCUUGAGAAGAUAGAGACCAAUAAAACCAUGAACUGUGAAACAGGUGACCAUCAAUCUCCUGUGGACUCUGCAAAAUCUCGUCGAUCUGAACUGCUUUCGUAUUUAUUUGAAUGGCUCGUUGAAAAUCUGAAGACACUGAAACCUGCUGGUUCAAAGGAAUCUGCAGAAACCAAAGCCUCCAAGAGGGAGAAAAAUCUCCCAAGAGCAACCGUUUUAGGAUUAUUGCAGAGAUGCCUCUUGGCCUCCAUGCCCAGUAACAAGCAGCUCGCAGCUUCAGCCGUCACCCUAGCACAACUGGCCGGAGGGAGCUCCCUAAUCCAGAAACUCAAGAAGCUUGCUUUACUAGAGCAGCCGGCGGUUUUAGAAGCAAACUCCACCAGCCUUGAAGAUCACACCUUUCUUUCUCAACAAGAGUACUCCAUACUUGAAGCCAGAGAGAAGCUCGAGUCAAUCAAAGAACAACGGAUGCUGAGGAGACACGAACAACCGGAUCUUGGUAAGGUCGGAACCAAGAGGAGAUGGAGUGUUGCCAAAUCAUGGACUCCGUGUCCCAUUGGGAUGCUGUCCCAUACGAUCGGUUUUUCAGGUAAGCUUCCGGCCCUUGACCGCGUUGAGAGUCACGGGGAAGUCGUUACAGUGUCGGGAAUCAAAGAAGUUAGCAGCAAGGAGAGUAAUGGUAAAAGAGAAGCCGAGGUUAGCACGGAGAAAAUGGACUGGGCGCCUGUAAAAAAGGUAGCGGUUGAAGCCGAGGUUAGGAUGCAAAAUGAGAGUGAUUCAACUGCACAAGGCAUUAGAGGGCAUCUGAUGAUCGAUGGAGUGUGGAAGAAAGUUGAAGAGGGGGAGCUGUUUGACAUUGCAGCAGCUAUAAGACUAAUAAUCUAACACCCAAGAUUCUUCAACUACAAUUUUGAUCGAGUUUUUGAAGUUAACAUGGAUAGUUCGAGUGUUUCUUGUCUUCAAUUUUCCAUGUUUUGUAACUUAAGAAAUGGAAUUUCGAUUUUUUAGGAGGUGGUUGAUGACAAACAAUGAGAAGAUUGUUUUGUAUUGUUUCAA